AUAGAGCCGUCGACGAUGACGCGGCCGCUGAUCGACACGCCGUCAAAAGAAACGGGGUCAAAAGGUGAUGUCAGAGCCGCGGUAUUCCAAAUAUGCGAGAAUAACUGCAACAUCUGGCGCGGCGAAAGUGUCAGGUUUAAACUUGCCGGAUGGCGAGGCAACACUCAGAGUUUACCACUAAACCCCAAGCCCUUCCUCAACGGGCUGACGGGCAAGCCGGUGAUGGUCAAGCUCAAGUGGGGCAUGGAGUACAAAGGCUACCUGGUCUCCGUGGAUGGCUACAUGAACAUGCAGCUGGCAAACACGGAGGAGUACGUGGACGGAGCGUUAGCAGGUCAUCUCGGGGAAGUCCUUAUCAGGUGCAACAAUGUUCUGUACAUCCGAGGUGUGGAAGAGGAGGAGGAGGAUGGCGAAAUGAGAGAGUGACGAUCAGGAAAAAAAAAUGUGUGCUUGUGUUUUCACCAUGUGAAACGGAAUGAAUGCUUGAUUUCUUUUUCUACCCGUUUUUCUUGUGCUACAAUAAAAUGUUCUGUUAUUAAAA